GGUGAUUGCUUAAUGGUAAUGGUGGUGGUGGUGUGAAUAAUGAUAAUUUUGAAUAUAGCUCAAAGAAGCCUUGAGGAAAUCAUAUGUCAGACCUACAGGUACUUUCAUUGGACUUGGAUUACAAUCACUGGAGUAUUAGACUGGUGUUUGCACCUGAAGAGGACACAAGAAGUGGAUUGAGGGUACAAGAGCCAGUGAUGAUAAUUUGAGUACAAUGACUGGUGUUUGCACUUGAAGAGGAACAUUGUUGCAGAGUCAUUGGAUUUUCUAUUUGCAGUGCCCUCCUAAUUGUCUUUUCAUCAAGCAAGAAAUGGAUCUAUCUUUAAUAGGCCUUGAGAAUGCUGGAAAAACAUCACUUGUAAAUGUUAUUGCAACUGGUGGAUAUAGCGAAGACAUGAUUCCAACGGUAGGGUUUAAUAUGAGGGAUGUAACUAAAGGAAAUGUGACAAUAAAGCUAUGGGAUCUUGGAGGUCAACCAAGAUUUCGCAGUAUGUGGGAAAGAUACUGCCGUGCAGUUUUAGCCAUUGUGUAUGUGGUGGAUGCCGCUGAUUCUGAGAACUUGCCUGUCUCAAGAAGUGAACUUGAUGACCUGUUGAGUAAACCGUCACUUAGUAGCAUUCCCUUGCUGGUACUGGGUAACAAGAUUGACAAACCAGGAGCUUUGUCUAAAGAGGAUCUGACAGAGCAAAUGGGACUCGAGUCCAUUACUGAUAGAGAAGUCUGUUGCUUCAUGAUUUCUUGCAAGAACUCCACCAACAUUGAUACAGUUAUUGAUUGGCUUGUGAAGCAUUCUAAAUCAAAGAAUUGAGUCUCAGUUUUCUGUACUUAUCACAGUUAUUAGAGAGUGGAUUUGAAGCAGGUAAAAGUGACUCGUCAGUUGUGCCGUGUUAAAUAACUGGGUUUAUCGAUCAGUCUGAUUACUAUUUGCUGUGUGGCUUAACAUCUGGGUCUGGUGCGUGUUUUUUUUUUUUUUUUGUUGAUGUUGCAACACGCAACGAUGUGGGUUUUUACUUUCUUGUACAUAUUUUGAUUGGUGUGUGUUUAAACUUCAAACAUGCUUCAGGUCUUCUGGAUUGGAAUAGAAACUUAGGCCUUGUUUGGUUGUUAAA